GUUCAGUGUGCUCCCCUCGGCCGUCCCGAGAGCCGGACGCCUUCGCCAACUCUCUCCGGAAAUACCCGAACGUGUCCAUGGAGCGGUCCACGGAGAUGGUGGAGAGGCUGAUCACUUAUACUCAGGCUAAGAAUGUCUCCAAAAGCUACCAAGCCCGCUACGGAUCCCCUUCUCGACACGGCACCGAAUCGAACACCUCCAACCAGAUCUCUCCGGACCGGAGUACAUCCAGGAACACUGUUCCAAGAACUGGUAGCUACAGGAACACUUACGAGCCUGAAGUGAACUGCAGACCGAAGCCUAGGCUGGAAGAAUCACCGACCAGAGAUGUGAGAGCCGAUUGUGACUGUGCCGAGUAUAGGAGGCAAGUGAUGAGGGCUGACAGCAAGUAUCUAAAAGAAGUCGCGAGGAAAGUUAAGGAUAACUUAAGGAUGUCUUCUUAUCCUUAUAGCCAGCCAGUCGUCGGCCCCGUAAUAAGAGAGAGGUGCGAGCAAAAUUAUAAUUUCUCUCAAACACCGUCGCUUUUGACUGCUACCAAUUCUGUGAACAUGGAAGUUCAAGCGGCCGCUGAAAUGGUUUCCAAAGAAGUAGCAACAGUGCCAAGGACUGACCCAGUGAAAAGAACUGUAGCUGUUCCCCUAUCACCGGCCUCAUCCAGCGACGACACGAAGCCCGAAGGUGAUGUAUUAGAACACGCGAAUUUGAACCCUCACCCACGGACUUACAAGUCUGUCGAGACUGCUAGCAUGCCAGUGGACUUAUCCAUCCAGACCACCUCCAGUUCCGUUGAUGUAGCCAAGCCGGUCCGCAACUGUCGCUGCUUUGUCAUUCAAAGGAAGACCAAAUCCAAUGAGAAUCUUCGCAAGGGUUUUGGAGACGAGAUCUUCGAACUACUAGAUAAGGUUUCAGUCUGUCCCAAUGCAGACCCACAAGCAAGCGACUUGAGACGAGAAGUGCUUAAACAAAUGAGCGCAAAGCUGCAAGAAAUGACUGAAAAUUUAGAUUUCAAUGAAGGCCCUCAUAAUAAGAAGGAUGAUAUUAGCAAAUUGUUGAAAUAUGUCCCAGUUUGGGUUCCCUGUGGAGAUGUCCAGGCUUACAGAGAGGCCAUUUCUGAUGAAAUUAUAAGCCGGAUGAAUCGAUAUAAAUCUUAUGAUGUUUAUAGAACUGAAACUAAUUUACAAAUGUCAAAUGAUGGCAGAAACCUUGACGGUGUGAUCGUGAACUGGAUAAGAAGUAUACCCUUUCAAACAGUAGAUAUUUUUGGGAAAGUAAUAGAUAAGGGUGAUAUUACGGAAACAUUAAGUAACAGAAUUAAACGUCUAAUUCGAAAUAGAUCUAGAAGUGACAAUAAUUCGCUAAAAUCAGAAAUAAUUUACAUUAUUUCCAAAUUACCAAUAGCUGUUGAUGAAUACAAGAAAUCUGAGUAUAUCAAUAAUAUAACAGAUCAAUUUAUAAGGAGACUUAGGUUGCAAAAUAUUCUCAAACAUGGUGAUAAUGCAACUGAGUCUGAAUCUAAUCAUCGUAAAAAAAAAUACGUGAAUAGAUUUAAGAAAUAUGUUCAACCAACAGAAGAAGAGAUAAAGCAAUGUGUUUCGGAGGAUUUAAAGUAUUUUUUAGAACGAACAUGCUCUCACACAAAUUCAGUACCUAUUCAAGAUGUUGAGAUUGAAAUAAUCGAUUUUCUUAUCGAUUCUAUUGAAGCAUUACGAUCAGGUAGAGACAGUCUCGUUGAAAGCGAGUUGGUAAUGUUGUUGUGUCAAGAAAUUGACAACAUAACAUGGCAAGACGCUCGACAAUGUAGUCAAAAGCUACUGCAUCUUGUUAAAAAUAUAUUUACUUCAGAUACAACUAAUCAAACAUGUACGAAAUCUAGUCAAAAUUCAAGACAAUCGCAAUCGUAUGUUAUCCUCCAAAAUGCAACGAAUAGUUGUCCACAUUACCAAUCUAAUAAUAACGAAACGGCGAAUUUUAGCAUUGGAGCAAUAUCCAAGGACGAUGUAGACGCUAGUUUAGAUUUAUACAUGAAUCAACUGACUACACAGAUAGACGAGUGGUUGGCAAGUCUGCAAACGUUAAUUCCACAAGCACACGACUCUGGUUUCAGACAAGUAGUCGUCCACGAUCUAGCAGGGGACAUAAUCGACCGGCACAAGUAUUUAGAACUGAAUCCUUCUUGUCGAGACUCUAACGAAGAUGAAUUGGAGCAUUUGAAGUACCAAAUUUUCAAGUGGAUCAACAAACUAGCCGGAGAAGACAAUAUGGACACGAUUGAGCAUGCCCCUGAACUGAUGCAAAGAAUCCAAAGCAUUCCUGUGCCAAUGUUGACAAGGCCUCAACAAAACGUAAGCGGAUCUAUAAGGUGUUGUCCACCAAGUGUUACUGAUUUUAAUACUUCAGCAGCAAGAGCAGAAGCCGUAAACACAAGCCAACCAAUGUCUCUAAAUAACACCAAAAAUAACUAUAACCAGUCACAAGUAAACCCUGAAAUGGGAGCCUCGUGUUGCUCUAGUACUCACUUAAAACCAUCUACACCAUCAAUGAAGCAGUUGAAUGAAGAAUAUGACGCUUUUUUGAAAAACUGGGUCAAAGAAAUACCUAUCCCAUCAUGUACAGCAGCUGAGAAAGCAAACGCAGAUAAAGCACGAAUGGGCAUUUACAAUGGAGUUUGGAAAGCCAUAACAAGAUUAAAAUUUGAACCAGCAACGUUUCAUAACCAAUUUUAUUACGAAGACGCUUUAGAUGAUGAAUUAGAGGAGUUGUUUAAUGCACUUCCGAAAAGUACAGAAUUAGAAACGAAGAAACAUCUACUAAAAGUUCAGUUGAUUGAGAGAACUACUAAUACUAAUGAGUUGAUCAAAUCUACUGCGGCUCCUGCUUCUUUUAGGCAACAGCUAGUGGAGAGCGUCUAUAAUAGCCUUCCACGAGGAACCUCAAAUAAACAGCCCCACGAAGAACUCCAAAUUAUGAAAUUAGUCGAAGAUUUCAUACUCUGCGCAAAUUUUAAAGAUCUCGACAAAGCUAAAGGAAAUGUUUACCGUAAAAAGUUGAUACAAGAAGCUCAGACUCUUGUAGACAAUGUGAAGAAAAUGCACGGUAAAGAUUUGCAAGAUAUCGAUACAGAUCUGUAUGUUACUAAUAUUUUUAAUGCGCUACAUAAAGUUCCUUUACCUAGCGAAGAGACAGUGAAAGAUGAAGCUGAUGAGAUUAUGUUGGGUGCAGAAGUUGAACAGUGGUUUUUAGAUCUGCCUGUACUUCCAAACAACGAUGGAAAUGAACAGCUACAAAGAAAGAAAUUAAAAGAUGCAUUGGUAAAGAAAAUUCGUGAAAUUGAGAAUGACGUUAACAUAUUCGACUGCACUGGGGAGAGGGUACUCAAACACGAGAUUUCAUCGUUUUUAGAAAAGGUUCCAAUGCAGCAAGGAGAAAGUUUAAACAUAACUUUUAUGGCGGAUGAGUUUGCAAAUAGAUUGAAGAAUAGAGCAAAACAACUGCAGUCUGGUAAUGCGUCGCGAAAAUCGGUGGCGAUUAUGGAUUCUGUGGGGUAUUACGAGUUUAGUCAACACAUGCCUCACUGCUCCAGUUUCUCUGAAUCGCUGCGAGCGCGGCCUGCUGUAGCUAACCAAUCAAGCUAUAUGAUACGGGACGGCACUAGAGUACCAGACCAGUACGGAUACAAUUACUUUGCAGAACGGUCCCUACCGCCUCAUGUCCCGUUGCCUUCUGAGGAAUAUUUCACGCUUGAAGACAGUCAAGCCACGCCCAAACCACAACCACCUCAAAUGCAGCAACUACCUCAAAUCCAGCAACCACUACCACAGCCAAUCCAUGAGCACAAUCAGUACUCUCGCAUCCAAAGUAACAAAUCAGAGCAAUGGUUGACACUACAAGAAUCUACGGGACCACCUGUGGCUCCAAAUGUGCAAUGCCAUGAGAGCAUUAGAGAAAGAUCAAAUUUUAAUCCGCCGAUUCAAUCACCAGAGCGGCAACAAAGUCCAUGUUGUAGGAGUGCAGCAGCAAGUCCUGUGCGUCAAAAUACGGUCCAAGGUUUAAACCGAUCAGGGCAAACACCAAGACCUAGUAAUAUUGGAGUGGAACAAUUUUCACCCGCAUCACAACCUGUUCCUAUCCCUAACAUUCCACUGGGAGCUCAAACACCAUGCUGUAAUAGAAACCAAACGCCAUCAGGCAAUACCAGCAGAAUUGUCAGUCCUACUCGACAGAGAAUUCCUACACCAAUUCAAACUAGUGUGCCGAGUCCUGGAGUGAUGGUACCUAAUCAGCUACCUCAAGUAUCUUGUAGGGUACCUGAGCAGAUGCCUGCACACCCAGUAAGUCCUCCGAGAACUGCUGAACAACCUCAACAACCAGAAGGUAAUACAGAAGCUAGUGGACAAAGAGGACCUGGACAAAUAUCAAGUUACGGAGAACCACAAUGGUUUUCGACUCCCCAACAAGUAAUUACUCAAGGCUCUGCUCCAAGACCUGGCAGAAAGAAGAUACGCAGUUCGCAGAGGAAUAGACGGAAUCUAGAACGAAGACGUCUAGAUUUAGAAGAAGAUACGGAAGAAGGUUUUGAGUCGGAAGUGGAUGAGCCGUGCCGCUGUAUGGACCGAAUGAUGAGGUGUAGGAGACCACCAGUCUGCUUCGCUUACGAUGAUUAUGAGAUGGAUCAAUGCUAUCCCUUACCGUAUGGAUGUCCAUACUUUUAUUAA